AUGAAGGGGUGGAGUGGGUUAGAAGGAAAGCAGAAAGUACAGGUAGAUAUGGUGACUUCACAAACUCUCAGUGUAAUAAAACCAGUUAGAAAAGCCUGGGGAAGAAACUACCAUGGCGAGAAGCUUGAGCAAGCUUGCCAGGACGACAAGGCCUGCUCAUGGGCAAAACUCUCCAUUUAUCCAAUCCCGCAAUAUCUCAAGGAUGGUGAGGACAUGGCCUAUCCCCAGAUUGUCUCCCUUGGGCCAUAUCACCACGGUAAGAAGCGACUCGGCCAGAUGGACCGGCACAUCCUCCACCACAUCCUCAGAUGCACUGGUCAUGAGAUAAGCCUCCAUCUAGACGCGGUGAAGGAAAUCGAGGAGAAAACUCGUGCCUGCUACGAGGGGACGAUAUCCAUGAGCAGUAACGAGUUUGUGGAGAUGAUGGUUCUUGAUGGGUGUUUUGCGAUCGAGUUGUUCAGGGAUUGCUCAGGGUUCAAGGAACUCAGCUACCCUCACAAUGACCCCGUCUUCUCAAUACCGGGAUUGAUGCACACAAUCCAGUGGCACAUGAUCAUGCUCGAGAAUCAGAUCCCUCUUUUCAUACUAGACCAGCUGCUCAGCCUCCAGCUUGGCGACCCCAACCAGAAGGGGCUUGUGGCCAAGCUGGUGCUCCGGUUCUUUGACCCUCUGAUGCCAACAGAUGAGCCUUUGACCAAGCUUAGCCGCAACAAGCUGGAGUCUCUCGGCUACACCACCACCUUCGAGCCAUUAUCUGACCAGGGCGAGCUCCAUUGCCUCUUUGUGUUCUGGCGAAGCCUUCUCCGCUUGGGCCUGAAGCCAGAGCCAAGGACAUGGAUCAAGCGAUGGUUGCACUCCAACCAGGUUGCCGAAAAGAGGCAGCAGCAGCUCAUCCACUGCAUGACAGAGCUCCGGGAAGCCGAGAUCAAGUUCAAAAAGAGGAAGAUGGACAGGUUCUGAGACAUCCAGUUCAAGGAUGGGAUUCUCUGGAUCCCACGGCUUCUGAUCCACAAUGGGACAAGGUCGCUUUUCCUCAACUUGAUAGCCUUCAAGCAGUCUCACUUCGAUUGCAGCAACAACAUCACCUUGUACGUAAUCUUCAUGGACAACUUGAUCAACUCACCCGAGGACUUCGGGUACCUUCACUACUGCAGGAUCAUCGAGCAUUGGCUUGGGAGCAACAUGGAGGUCGCUGACCUCUUCAACUGGCUUUGCCAGGAGGUGGUUGACAUCAAUGACAGUUACCUCUCUACACUGUCUGUGGAGGUGAACAGAUACUACAACCAUAGGUGGAAUGCCUGGAGAGACAGUCUCAAGCACACAAUCAUUUCUGUUAUUGCUGCUUUUGUUUUGCUUGCGAUUACUUUGACACAGACCUUCUAUGGGGUCUAUGCCUACUACAGGCCAGGCUCUUGAUCUCUGCAGUUUUUCAGAUCAGUUCUCACUCAGUUUUCCUCCCAGUGAACAUGCCCCUGAAAGA